AAACAAACAAACAAACAAACCGGAUAAGCUCCGGUUUUGCCCUAUCAAUCAAUCCAUCUCCCCCAAAACCCCUCCCCACUUUCAUAAACCCCCCAAAAUUCAUCUUCAAUCCAACUUUCAUCCCGGCGACCAUGACAUCAGCAUCAAUUAACCUAACUACUACUUUUAUCGGAUUCACUACUAAGCUUCAUAAAACCUCACUUUCCGGCAAUCAUUUCCGUCGUCUCUAUACAAACAUCACUUUCCGUCAUCUAAAUCUCACAACAAAUUCACCUUUCUCCCGUCCGCCCCUCACCGCCGUUAGUGACCGCUUCUCACGCAACUUCUCUGCUUCCGAAACCGCUACGCCACCUCAGCAGGACGAAGAUUCCGAUAUCCUGACGAAGAUUCCGCCGGACGAUCGUAUUCCGGCGACGAUCAUUACUGGUUUCUUAGGUUCCGGCAAGACUACAUUGUUGAACCAUAUACUGACAGCUGAUCACGGUAAACGGAUCGCAGUUAUCGAAAAUGAGUAUGGAGAGGUAGAUAUUGAUGGAUCCUUAGUUGCUGCAAAAGCUGCUGGAGUGGAGGACAUUAUCAUGCUUAACAAUGGUUGUUUGUGCUGUACAGUCAGGGGUGAUCUAGUUAGAAUGAUAGGAGAGUUGGUGAGUAAAAAGAAAGGGAAAUUUGACCAUAUUGUCAUAGAGACUACAGGGCUAGCAAAUCCAGCACCAAUUAUUCAGACAUUUUAUGCUGAAGAUCAGAUUUUUAAUGAUGUUAAGCUGGAUGGUGUAGUCACCUUGGUAGAUGCAAAGCAUGCGAAUAUUCAUUUGAAUGAUGUUAAGCCGAAAGGAGUUGUCAACGAGGCAGUAGAGCAAAUUGCUUAUGCUGACCGUAUAAUAGUCAACAAGACUGAUCUUGUUGGAAAUGGGGAAGUGGCUGCUUUGGUUCAGCGGAUAAAGGGCAUUAAUCGCAUGGCCGAAUUAAAGCGUACUGAGUUCGGAAAAGUGGAUUUGGAUUACGUUCUUGGGAUUGGAGGUUUUGAUUUAGAAAGAAUUGAUGCUGCUAUUGAGGAGGAAGCAAAGGUUGAUGAGCACCAUCAUGACCACGAGCAUGAACAUGAUCAUGACCAUGAUAAUUGUCAUGAUCAUGAUCAUCACCAUCAUGACCAUGACCAUAAACAUGAACAUCACGAUCACACUCAUGACCCUGGUGUCUCUUCGGUCAGCAUAGUUUGUGAAGGGACCUUAGAUCUUGAAAAGGCUAACUUCUGGCUUGGCACAUUAUUAAUGGAUAGAAGUGAGGAUAUAUAUCGCAUGAAGGGACUUCUAUCUAUCGAUGGGAUGGAUGAGAGAUUUGUCUUCCAGGGAGUACAUGACAUAUUUCAAGGAUCACCAGAUCGGCCGUGGAACCCGGAUGAGCAAAGGGUAAACAAGAUUGUGUUCAUAGGGAAGAAUUUAGAUGCCCAGGAGUUGGAGAAGGGCUUUAAGACAUGUUUAAUGUGAGCUAAUAACUAAAUGGUAUAUUAUGAUUUGAGAGGAAAUCUUUGAACUUGAUAUGGAUAGCCUUACCAUGUUGGUGAUUUUUGUUGUAUGAUAAACAAGAGUUAAUGAACAGUGCAUACUUCCUUA